UAGCUCUCAAGAUUAGCUAGAAGCUGUACAGGUGGCUAAAGGUGGAAUCCUAACAGCACCCACAAAGAGCUCUUGGCCAUGUCAGACUACCUUUGGUUUGAAGGAAUACCUUUCCCUGCAGUAGGGAUUGAAAAAGAAAUACUUGGAGAAAUCGGUGAUAAGUUUGUGGUUAGAGAUGAAGACACAAUCAUGUUGACUUACCCCAAAUCAGGAACUAACUGGCUGAUUGAGAUUGUCUGCUUAAUUCAGACCAAGGGGAAUCCCAAAUGGAUUCAAUCUGUGCCCAUCUGGGAACGCUCACCCUGGGUAGAGUCUCAAAUAGGAUAUCCAACUUUAAUCAAUCAGGAAGGACCACGCCUCAUCAGCUCUCAUCUUCCCUUCCAUCUUUUCCCCAAGUCUUUCUUCAGUUCCAAGGCUAAGAUGAUCUAUGUCAUCAGAAAUCCCAGAGAUGUUCUUGUGUCUGGUUAUUUUUUCUUUCAUAAGACAAACCUUGUUAAGAAUGCAGGUUCCCUGAUAAAGUAUUUUGAAUGGUUCCUCAAAGGAAAUG